AUGUUUGCUCGCAGUACUCGCAACAGUCUCGCUGCAGCAUCAAAACAGGUAUAUGUAUGCCGAACAUGUCUACACCUGGCUAGAACUCUUCCAUUGGACGCUGUACACCGUCUCACUGCGUUCACGACACGAUCUAUCCAAACUGAAACCCAAUCACCGCCAUCGUCUCAAGAUAGAACUUCUUUCCGCAAGCUCUUGAAAGACGCCGCAAAGCAGCAGAAGAAGGAAAAGGGAUCUUCUACAGACUCCUCUAAAAAGUCCAAAGAUGCGCGUUUGGAGAAAUGGGAAUUGACUGUUGGCAUCGAGGUGCAUGCCGAACUCAACACAGCGCGGAAACUUUUCUCUGGCGCUGCCACUUCUGUCAGCGAACCCCCGAAUACACAUGUUUCCCUGUUUGACGUCGCAUUUCCUGGAACCCAACCUCAUUUCCAAAAGGAGACUCUUCUUCCUGCCUUGCGCGCCGCUAUAGCUUUCCAAUGCGAGAUUCAGCCUAAGAGCAGCUUUGACCGUAAACACUACUUCUAUCAAGAUCAGCCAUCCGGGUAUCAAAUCACGCAGUACUACGAACCCUUUGCGAAAAAUGGUAAAGUUACACUAUACCCCCACGACUUUCCUGCCGGCGCGGUGCCGCAUCCAGAACCUUUCGAUAUCGGCAUCAAGCAGAUACAAAUGGAGCAGGACACCGCAAAGACCGUGCAGCAACCGCCCUCUACCCAUUUGCUGGACUUCAACCGCGUCUCACAUCCACUAAUUGAGAUCAUCACUCUCCCUGAAAUUCAUGACCCUGUGGUAGCUGCCGUCGUUGUCCGAAAGAUCCAAAAUAUACUCAAGGCUGUCAACUCUUGUACUACUGGCAUGGAGCUAGGCGGUCUGCGCGCUGAUGUCAACGUUUCUGUUCGCCAACGCCAUGCGGACUCAUCUAAAUCCAGUCACUCAUACUCUGGUAUCACUGGCCUGGGUCAACGGACUGAAAUCAAGAACUUGGCAAGUGUCAAGGCUGUCGAGGAUGCCAUCAUUGCAGAGCGUGACCGACAGAUUGAUUUGCUUGAGAGCGGAGGUACUGUUGAGGGCGAGACCCGUGGGUGGACUCUUGGAAGUAAGACCACGAAACGAUUGAGAGGCAAAGAGGGUGAGAUUGAUUACCGGUACAUGCCGGACCCUGAUAUUGCGCCUGUGAUCAUAGGAGAGGAUCUGGUCGAACACCUGAAGAACACUCUGCCAAAACUUCCCGAUGUCAACGUAGAUGUUCUGGUACACAAUUACGGCCUAACUACCAAAGAUGCCAUCACUCUUCUUUCAUUUGAUGAUGGAGAACGUCUGGAGUACUACAUGGAUGUCGUUACCGAAUCGGUGCGCCUAGCCGAAGAGCAACAGGACAGUGCUUUGUUACAAACCCUUGGAAAGAUUGCAGGGAACUGGGUGCUUAUGGAGCUCGGCUCUCUAUUCAAAGACGAACCAUGGGAUCCUAGCCGCGUUUCAGCCAGAGAUCUCGCCGAAGUGAUCUCAUUUGUGCGCCGCAAAGAGGUCACGUCACCAUCAGCGAAGCGUCUACUUGCGAUCAAGUUCGAGGGAGAUGCACGUAGUGUUCAGGACAUCGUCCACCAAGAAAACCUAUUCUUACAGCCCCUGAGCCAAGAAGAAUAUGUCAACCUGGCAAAGACACUAUUGGAAGAAAAUCCCAAAAUGGUCAAGGACAUCACUGAAAAGGGUCACGUAAAGAAGACUAUGUGGUUUGUUGGACAGAUGGUGGCGCGAGCCCCAGAUGGUGGCGUUGAGCCUGGAAAAGCAAAGAUAGUGUUACAGGAGUUGCUAGGGCUGGAUGGAAAGGCGUGA